AUGGAGAAUAUCACUGCUGGAGUCGUGGAAGGAAUAGGUGUCAAAUGCAACACAUUUGGUGUCCCCAAGUUCAUUUACACUUUGAUCCCUGUCAUAUACGGCUGCACCUUCGUCAUUGGCAUCGUGGGUAACAGCAUGGUAGUGGCCGUCAUCUACUGCUACAUGAAGCUGAAGACAGUGGCCAACAUCUUCGUCCUGAACCUGGCCGUGUCUGACCUGACCUUCGUCAUCACCCUGCCCGUGUGGGCCAGCGUCACCGCCGCCGGCUACCACUGGCCCUACGGCAGCUUCCUGUGCAAGGCCACCGCCGGGCUGGUCAUCUUCAACUUCUACACCAGUGUCUUCUUCCUCACUGCGCUGAGCAUCGACCGCUACCUGGCCAUCGUGCACCCGGUGCGGUCACGCCAGCGCCGCACGGUGGUGUACGCCCGCAUCACCUGCGUUCUGAUCUGGGCCUUCUCCUUCCUGCUUAGCAUCCCCACGGUGCUGGUCCGCGAGGUCCUUCCCAUCAACAACUCCAGCUUCACCGUGUGCGCCAACCUGCACAGCAGGGAGCUGGAGCACGUGCUGCUGGCCAUCAGCCUGAUGAAGAGCGUGCUGGGCUUCCUCGUCCCCUUCCUCGUCAUCCUCACCUGCUACUGCCUGAUUGGCCGGGCCCUGCUCCGCUCGCAACACAUGCAGAAGAACAGGUCUCGCGGGGACGAGGUGCUGCGGAUGCUGGCCGCCGUGGUGCUGGCCUUCUUCCUCUGCUGGGUGCCCCACCAGGUCUUCCACGUCAUGGACGUGCUGGUGCUGCUCAAAGUGAUCGAGAACUGCCGCACGCUGGUCGUCAUCGACACCGCCAUGCCCUUCACCAUCUGCAUCGCCUACUUCAACAGCUGCAUGAACCCCAUCCUGUACAGCUUUGUGGGGACCAACUUUCGGAAGAACCUGUUGCGCUUGCUGAGAUGUGCCCCCGCCCCAGCCGCGGCCUGCCCACACCCGAGCGUCGCCGCCAAAACCAGCACCCUCUCCUACCGGGCGGCUGAAACGCUGCACCUCGAUGACAGCAAGGCCACAUUGCCCGACGUCAAAUGAGCAUCCCCACAUGACCUGCCUGCAUCGUGCCAGUGGCCCUCAGUAGACAGUGUGAUUGUGAGGGUUUUUAAAAUUUGAAUUCCAAUCCCAUUGCUAUGAAUCUGCAUGCACCCAUGGAUCCAAAAACAA